AUGGCUAGUUACAUCGGCAUUAUCCCUACAUUCACACCGGACAGUGACUUCACGAUUUUCGAAGAAAGGUUCGAACAAUUCUGCCUCGUGAACAAAAUCGUGGACGAAAAAUGCAAAGUUGCCCUGUUGCUAAGUCAGAUGGAAACGGAUGUAUACAAGAUAUUUCGCGAUUUAUCAUUUCCAAUUCCACCCAAGGACAAGUCUUUAGAAGAGCUGAAAAAGGAGCUCCAAAAGCAUUUCAGUCCAAAAGUAAACGUGUUUAGGGAACGAAUUCAGUUCUUCCGAGCCCACCAAACCGCCGAAGAAGGUUCUAAUGAGUGGUAUGCAAGAUUAAAAAAUCUCGCGGUCAACUGUAAGUUUGAGCACCUCCAAGAGACACUGGUUGAUCGGUUCGUGUCGGGAAUGCGAGAGGGACCCGUUAUGGACCGACUAGUGGAAGAACCAGUCAGUCAAAGUCUCGAGAAGUUAAUCGAAAUUGCCAACAGCAAGGAGUUGGCGUUAGCAUACACCACUGGUAAAGGAAGCGAGGACAGAAUUCAGGCAGUAUACAGUGGUCACCGUAAACUAGGCAACUUCCGGGGAAGAAACCAACACAAACCCAGAAAACCAGAUGCAAAUGAAGAGUAUAAAGAAAGUUAUGACAUGGGAAGAGUGAAGAACCAAAGCAGAACCACCGUGAAAUGUAAGUGCUGUGGCAAAAUACAUGCUGGAACGUGCAAGUUCCAGAAUUAUACCUGCAAUGCAUGUGGCAAAAAGGGACACUUACCGAGUGUCUGCAGGGCAAGGCAGAUCAACGCAGUGGAGACCCUACAAAGUGAACAAGGAAGCGGAAGCGAGCCAAUCGAACUCUCCGUGUUAAUAGAUGGCAAAAAAUAUUGCAUGCAGUUAGAUUCAGGUUCCGGCAUAUCUGCAAUAAGCAACAAGUUUUAUGUAAAUAAUUUGAACACUUACCAAAUUCAUCCAACAGUAAUGUCGUUUAAAGGUUACACAGGUGAAUCAAUUGUACCAUUAGGAUUCAUAAAUGUUAUAGUAGAAUAUGGAGAUAUGGCAAGCAGGGAUUUCAUCAAUAAUUUUAACAUUAUUUUCACUCCAGCAGGAAUAAACGCCAUUGACUCGGUGCUGGACGUGAAGACUACGUUAGGGGGGGGUUUCAUGAUGUGUGUACUUCAGCUCUCGGAUGUUUUCACCACGCACCAUUCUCCGAAACCUGUACCCUUAGCCCUUAAAUCCAAAGUCGAGUACGAAUUAGAGAGGAUGAUUCAAAGAGGAAUCAUUACACCAACCGUAACAACAGAAUGGAGUUCCCAUAUUGUCCCGGUUCUGCGAAAAAAUGGCACCGUACGCAUAUGUGGUAGCUAUAUAAAUCUCAACAAAAAUCUAGUAGAUGUGUAUUAUCCAUUACCACACAUAGAUCAGAUUUAUGCUAAUCUGAAAGGAAAUUACAAAUUUUCCAAAAUAGAUCUAAGCGACGCGUAUAUGCAGUUCGAACUCGAUGAUGCGUCAAAAAAGCUGGUCACUAUAUCCACGCACAAAGGAUUAUACAUGGUUAACCGAAUGCCCUUUGGGAUUAAGUGUGCAAGCUUUUACUUCCGAAAACAUAUUGACCAACUUUUUCAAGGCAUCGACAAUGUAUUCACCUUCCAGGAUGACAUCUUAAUCGGACAUAAACGUGGCGAAAACCACCUAGAUAUUUUGAGACGAGCCCUAACUAUAUUAAAAAACGCAGGCCUAACGGUAAACCUGGAUAAAUGUCAGUUUCUCCAAAGCAAAAUCUCGUAUCUGGGAUACGACUUAUCAGAAAACGGUUUAAGUAAAAGCAAAUAUAAGAUCGAAGCAAUAACAUCUGCUCCACCACCAAAUAAUAUUACCGAACUUAAAUCGUUUAUUGGAAUGGUUAAUUAUUAUAGCAAAUUUAUACCCAACAUUACGGAAACUCUAGCACCCCUCUAUCAGUUACUAAAAAAGGAUGUUAAAUAUCAAUGGACAGAUAAAUGUGAUACAGCGUUCAGAAGUAUUAAGCAAAAGAUUGCGUCUGAUACGGUUCUAACUAACUUCGAUCCUAAUCUACCCAUCAUUGUAACAUGUGAUGCUUCUGAACGUGGCAUAGCAGCAGUUCUUGCACACAAGAUGACAGACAACACUGAAAAAAUGGUGACAUGUGUAUCAAGAACUUACACUAAAGCUGAGCACAACUACUCAGUAGUGCACAAAGAAAGUUUAGCACGCUAUUUCGCCAUAAACAAAUUCCAAGAAUACUUAUAUGGACAGAGAUUUAUUUUGCGAACAGAUCAAAAAUCGUUGGUCUACUUGUUUGGGAAACAAAAGGAAAUAAAUCAGACAUAUGCUAAUCGAAUAAAGCGCUACGCACUGUAUUUUUCAAACUUUGAUUUCCACAUUGAACAUAUAAAGGGACGUGACAACGCAGUCGCAGACUGUUUGUCGCGAUUACCACUAGACAAGCAAUUUACAGUUGACGAAGUAGAAUACAAUAGCAUAUAUUUCUCCAAUGUUAUAGAAUUUGUUCGAUCGGGAUGGCCAAACGAGAUCGAUGAAAAUUAUCGACCAUUUUAUAAUCGCAAAUUAGACCUCCACGAGGUAAAUGGCUGUUUGUUGUUUGGAGACCGUAUCGUGAUACCAACCACAAUGCGAGAAAUAGUAAAAAACGAACUACACUCUACUCAUGAAGGCAUCGUGCGAAUGAAAGCUAUGGCGAGAUCGUUCUUAUGGUUUCCUGAAGUCGACAAAGAAAUUGAACAGAUAUGCAAAUCGUGCAAAGCUUGUCUGUCUGUCACAUCUCAUCCCCCAAAACCCUAUGUAUCCUGGCCGGAAUCUUCUAAUCCGUUCGAAAUAGUCCACAUGGACUUUUUCACGUUCUUGCAAAGACAAUACCUGAUCAUAGUAGACAGCUGCACUAAAUGGUUAGAAAUUUACAGUAUGAAAAACAUUACAAGCGAGAGUACUGUAGAAAUGCUUAGAGACUGCUUCUCUCGAUUUGGGCUGCCAGAAACAGUUGUUUCCGAUAACGGACCUUCCUUCGUCUCCGAAGAAAUGGAGAUUUUCUUUUACCGGAACGGAAUCAAACACAUGACAAUCUCGCCAUACAACCCUCAAAGUAACGGCCUUGCUGAAAACGGUGUUAAAAUAGUAAAAAACAAGGUGAAGUCGGCAUUGGCAGAUGAACAAAAUAAAAAUGCCACCAUUCAGACGAUACUUUCCCGUUUCCUGCUAGUUUAUAGAAACACACCGCAUACGACGACCAAAAUAUCUGCAGCUAGUGCUAUGUUUGGUCGAGAAUUACGUACAAGCACAGAGGACAUUGAUCUGAAAAUCGGAAUGCCCAUAAAUUACGAUCCUACGUUACCACAACUACCCAUCCCUGCCCCAGUACGUAGCACUUCCACUAAUCUGGAUCCUGUACCAGCAGGUAUGAACAACACACGUCAGGACACUCAUCCUUUACCAGCCACCGAGCCAAUGUGUCCUCCCGCAGCACAUGAAUGUAUUAGACCAUCUAGAAUUAGGAAAACCCCAAAGAUCCUAGAUGAUUUUAUUGUUAGUAUGUAA